AACAUAAUUGAGAUGUUCUUGAAUUUAAAUCACAACGUUAAAUCUAAUAACUAAAUACCAAUUACAAGAUAUAUUUAUUGUUUGGAGUGAUUAGUAGGAGUCCUAAAGAACUUGCCAUAACCAGAUACGUAGAAUAAACAUGCGCAGUUUAUUUGAAAUACGCAAUAAUCGCUGUAUUGUAUUUGCCCUAGCAAAACUUUAUAAAAACAAACAAAAAAUCAAUUAACAAUGGGUAAUAUUAAAGUUGUUACAUUUUGCGCGUCGGUCAUCUUAUUAGCGAAGUUAGUAUGCAGCACAAAGCAGAGAGAUAGCGAUCUGAGACAAAUGAGACUGAUGCGGUUAGAAAUAAUCAAAUCGGAGAUUUUAAAACAGUUGCGGUUAGAACGACCACCAAAUGUCACAGGGAUACCUAUACCAAGGAACCCUCCAUUCAUUCAAGAGAUUGAACGUCUUACAUUAAAUUCGAGAAGAGAGAGUAACAUGGCAAUGGACGACAUACGUUGGGACACGCUGGACGAGGAUUCCAGCCAUACUGAGACGUCGGAAGAAUUCGUACUCGCAGAAAGAUGUGACGAACCACUUAGACAUUUUGAUGACAAAAGCAUUCGGUUCUCAUUCUUGAAUUCAUCCCGACUGACAAUCCUUAAUGCCAGCCUCUAUGUUUACACGAGGAACCACACAGAAACAGGAGAUUCGAAUUCGUUUUUGAAGAUUAACAAUAUAAAGAGGAGUGGUGAGGUAGAGCGAGUUGCCAUACGACAAAUUAAUGAUGUACAUAGAAACGGAUACUGGCAUAAAUUCGACAUUCUGGCGCAGGUUCAACGUUGGAUAAGACGCCCUAAUUCCAAUUUGGGCCUAGAGGUAAAAGCGAAUAGCGUAAAUGGGAGGAGUCUAGCCAUAACACAUCCAGAUAAGGACGAGGAGAAACCACUGAGACCAGUGAUAUAUAUGACAGUACAAAGGGGGAUCAAAUACAGGAAGAAAAGAAUGAAUUACAAUCGGGAUUGUUCAGAUUUUGAGAACUCUGACAACUGUUGCCGCGAAUCUCUCAUUGUUGACUUCAGCUCCUUUGGAUGGGAUUGGAUCGUCGCACCCAAAAUGUAUAACGCUUACUUCUGUACGGGGGAAUGCCCAUACAAUUUUCUGCAACAUUACCAUCACAGUUACUUGUCCCAGCUGCAACGCGGUGUGAAUGGAAACGGAACUGGUCUUUGCUGUACGCCCGGAAAGUACUCAAAUUUAUCGUUGUUGUAUUUUCCAGAGGAUGGGUCUGUGAGAGCCACAAAGCUUGAAGUUUUACAAAAUAUGAAAGUAGAAAGAUGUCAUUGUGCCUAGAAUAAAGCUAUUUUUAAAGGGGCAACGAGGACUGUAGAGAUAAAAUUCGAAGAUUUUUAUUUUCCUGA